AUGAUAGCCGAAAAUUAUUAAACCUAAAUAUAAGCUUAAAACAAAUAAAAUUAAUUAUCUUGCCAAAUUCAUAAAGGAUCACCCUUCUAAUUCAUUGAAGUUUACAACAAGCAAGUACCUUAGACAGCUGUUUGCUGUAAGUGUGUGACAAAAUUUAUGAUGAAAGGAGAGAAUUUAUUAUGUAUAGAUGAUGUGAUAUCUUGUGAAAGCAAAACAGUGUUUCUCAACUGGCCUUUUCUAGAGAAGAGAGAAGUUCUUUAAGAGUAUUAAAAUAUCAUAGAAAACUAACUAGAUGAUAUUUGUCCUUUGCACAUAAUAAAUGAUUUCUUUAACGAUAUGGAGAAAUAGGUUGUUGAAAAGAUCGUCGGAUGCAAAAAAAAAAUUUUGGCAGAAGUUGAAGAGUUUUUUAUGACAAAGGAUAAACUGAAUUCUAUUUACAACGAAGUAUCAUAGAAAGAACUUCUUUAAGUAUAAAUUAAAAAUCUAUGCGAAGGUAACAAUUCGUUAGAGGAGCUAGAUCAAAUGAUUAAUAAAUGUAAAGAAAAAUAUAAAGAAAACUUGGACAUUUUGCAGCACAAUUUAAACCUCUACAAUUAAUCUUAGCAAAUUUUGUAAUUAAAAGAACCUCAGAUGUUUUUAGAAUAAAUCUUGCUUUUUAUUGAUCAGAUAUUUUUUAAUCUAACUAGUGGAAGUAAUAAAUAUUUAUAGUAAUCUUCUUAUUAUGAACAGAUUGAAAACAAUUAGAAUAUAGUUAAUAAAAUUAUUUCAUUAAUAAAUAAUCCAUCAAAUUACUGUAAUCAAGAUUUCAUCUCUUAGCUUUAAAAAUAUUUGAAUAUAUAUGCUCCUCUAUUUAAUCGCAUUAAUUUCAAUGAAGUUUAUAAUCCAUCAAAAACUCCUAUUGAUUUCAGCUAAAUUAAAGAUAGUCAAUACAAAAAUUUAGAAAUUUAUAUAAAUUAGCUAUAAAAAAUAAAUUAAAUAAGUAUACUUGCAGAUGAUAGUGCUAAUUAAAUAUAACAAAAAUUUAAAUAAAUGGAUAGUUUACUUAGUGAAUUAAAUAAUUCUAAUGAAGCCAUAGUCAAAUAUGAGUCGAACAGAGUCAAUGAAAUAAAAAAAAGAAACAAUGUCAUCACUGAUAAAACACAAUCAUGCUACUUCAUUAAAUCUGCUGUAGAUGAGUGUUCAUAAAAUUAUUAAUUUAUUAGUAGAAGCGAAAAUAUAUUAGAAUUAAAAAAUCAAAGACCAGGAUACUACAUUUAAGCUUUUUAUGAUUAAAUAAUAUAACCAAAUAAAAAGUAUGUCAUUAGAAUUUAGUUUGAACCUUUUAAUUCUUAGUAAAAGAAUUACGAAAUUAGUAUUGGAAUUAUUUAAAGUAAUAAGAUAAAUUCUAAUUUUAUUAAUGCAUCUUCUCUCUGCUUCACAAAUAAAGAUCAAGAGUACUUCAAUGUUGUCAAAAAAGGAAAACCGUUCAAUGAUGCUUCCUGUAGACAUGAGACCAAAAUGAGGACCUUAGAAUAUCAAAUGUGUUUAGAAGAGAAGUACUUUUAGCUAUCAGAUUAUCCUGGGUAUGAAAAUAUAACAAUUGCAGGAGAAGAAAAUUUACGUCAGCUAGAUUUAAAUAAGUAGUACAUGUUCGGAAUUGAAUAUUAUUCAAUUGAAAAAAUCAAAAUUGUAUUUAUAGCAGAGGUUUUAGCUUUUGUUAACGAAUGA